AUGUCCUUCUACUUCUCGGAUACGGCGGUGCUGCUCUUUGACUUUUGGAGUGUCCACACCCCCACAGGGAUGGCGCUCUCAGUGCUGGUGAUCCUGCUGCUCUCCAUGCUCUAUGAAGCCGUCAAGAUGGGCAAGGCCGUGCUGCUGCGGAGGGCGCUGCUGGCUCUGCCCCGCAGCCUCAGCCAGGAGGCGCUGGCGGAGCCGGAGGAGGCGAGCACCGGCCCCGUGCAGGGCAGCUGGUUUCGGUACCAUGUCAGCCAGACGCUGUUCCACGUGGUGCAGGUGGUGCUGGGCUACAUGGUGAUGCUGGCCGUCAUGUCCUACAACGCCUGGAUCUUCCUGGGGGCCAUCGUGGGCUCCACGCUGGGCUACUUCGUGGUGUACCCCCUGCUGGGUCGGGGCUAG